GCAACUUUCCCAAGUUUGUGCAUGAGAGGGAGAGGAGGAAAACUCAGAAGGAAGUGGCUUAGCCUCAACAACCUCUUUUCUGCUCCCGAAGCCUUUUUCCUCAGACACGGCUGAGACUGCUGUUCUAAGAGGAGACCCCCAGACUCAGAGAGAUCCCCCGCCUGCCGUCGGAGGCUGAAAGGUCCCUGGAAGCUUCUCUUGGUUCCCGUCUGUUCCAGCAGCCCCAGAGGCUCUGAAGGCCCUUCAUGAAUCCCCGGAAGAAGGUGGAUCUCAAGCUGAUCAUCAUCGGAGCCCUGGGUGUUGGGAAGACCUCCCUCCUCCACCGAUAUGUGCACAAGACGUUUUACGAGGACUAUCAGACCACACUGGGAGCCAGCAUCCUCUCCAAGAUUAUCGUACUGGAUGAUACAACUCUGAAGCUACAGAUCUGGGACACAGGUGGACAGGAGCGAUUCCGCUCCAUGGUGUCUACAUUCUACAAAGGCUCUGAUGGCUGCAUCCUGGCUUUUGAUGUCACUGACCUGGAGUCCUUUGAAGCCCUGGAAACCUGGCGGGGUGAUGUUCUGGCCAAAACCAUUCCAAUGGAGCAGUCCUACCCCAUGGUGGUGCUGGGGAACAAGAUCGAUCUGGCAGACCGGCAGGUGCCGCAGGAGGUGGCCCAAGACUGGUGUAAAGAGAAAGAUAUUCCCUAUUUUGAAGUCAGUGCCAAGAAUGACAUCAAUGUGGUACAAGCCUUCGAGAUGUUGGCCAGUCGGGCUCUGUCAAGGGUCCAGCUGACCACAUGCCUUGCCUGGACCACACUACCCUCCCCUCGGCCCCCCUGCCUGCCCUCUUGUCCGUGUCCUAGCCACUCCACACGGCAGCCAUCGGAGUGACAUCCAUGAGAUAAAGUUCUUCUUGUGACUUGCAAGGCCCGCCACCGCCAGCCACUGCCUGCUUCUCAGGACUCCGUUCUGACCACAGCCUCUCUCGAUGCUGCAAACGGAGGACCUUCUCUCAGUCCUCAGGGACGUCUCGCACCUCCCCGCCCUGCCUGGCAAGGGGACGGCUGUUGGGAACACUGGCGCCUCUCUGACCCUUCACCAGGCUAAUUCCUUGUUAGCUGUUAGUUACCAGCUAAAGUAUCAUUUCCUUCAGUAAGGAUUCCCUGAUCCCAAGACCAGGUUAGGGGCCCCACUAUGUGCCCCCAGCCCCCCAUGAUCAUCGUGCCAGAGUGUCAGCUCCACUAGGAUGGAAGUACCACAGGGCAGGGAUUUUCAUGAGUUUUGCUUACCAUCGUCUCCCCCAGAGCAAUGCCUGACAGGUGGUUGGGACUGAGAAUUAUUUUUGGGAGGAAGAGCUCCUGCAGUAUUUUAUCAUAAUUGUUUGUCUGUUUGCCCAUAGACUAUACUGUCCCUGAGGGCAGGGCCUAUUUUAAUUAAUCGUUUUAACCCCAGCACUCAGCAUAGACUGGUACAUAGUUGAUGGUAAAUAAAUACUUUGGAAUAUAAUAGAAUACUGCACAGGUAUUUUUUCUGAAAUAACAAUAAAAUGUUCUAUGUAAUGACAUGGAAUAGAUAUCUGAGAUGCAUUGUUACAUGAAAAGGCAAUGGCAGAAUCAUGAGACUAAUAUGUUAUAUCUUUUAUAACAGGAGACUUAAAUAAGACUUUAUGUUCAUUUUUGCUUGUACAUAAAGAAAAUUCUAGAAGGAUCCAUGACAAAUGGAUAAAAGCCAUUACCUUUCAGAGGGAGACUGGGAAAGCAGGAGUCAGGAGUGAAAUCAAGACUCUUCCUUGUUUAAUUUUACACUUCCAAUUUUGAACUCUUUGAAUUAUUACAUAAUCAAUAAUUUAAAGGAAGCAAAAUGAAUAUUUGUGGAAAAAAGAACAAACAGGGAAAGAAGCAAAACUUCAACCAGGACCUAGUGGCCUCCAGUCAGUCACAUCCUAUGGCCUUGAAUCCAAGGCUGACAAACUUGGAUUCUGCCACCAGACGGUACAUGCCUAAGAAAUCCUCCAAGCCCACAUGCUCUGGCCAAGAUGCCAAGUUCCCUGGGAUGUGGUGAGAUCACCUCAAGUUCUCUUGGUUUUCCUGUGUCCUAUAGGAGGAUCCUGUCUCCUGGGAUGUUAGCUAUUAAUUGAGUGAACAUUUCCAACCUCAGAAGCUCAGUUCUGGAGGUAAACUAUCAAGUCUGUGCACUGCUUUGUGAAUUACCAUGUGAAUGACUACACUCAGAGGUAGGAAUUUCCCAAGGUUAAUCUCAGGGUUUACCAGUUUGUCAACACCCUGGAACCCCCUUUCCUAAACCCAACACUGACCCCUGAAAAAACAUUGCUCUAGCUUAUAGGCUCCAAAGUAAACUGGUACAACUAUUUUUUUGGAUAUAUUGAGUAAGGCACCACAUACAGGCCCUCUCCAAUCCUGCAAUUCCAUCCCUGCAUAUGCACAACCCUUGCUGGUGCACCAGAGGAUAUGAUCAAGAAUUUUCUCCCACAGCCAACAUAAUAUCGGACAGUAAAAAGCUGAAAGCCUUCCUGCUAAAUUCUGGAACAAAACAAGGAUGCUCACUCUCACUACUUCUAUUCAACACAGUAUUGGCAGUCCUAGCCACAGCAAUCAGACAAGAAAAAGAAAUGAAAGAUAUCCAAAUCAGAAGGAAGAGGUAAAACUGUCAUUAUAUGCAGGUGACAUGAUACUCCAUAUAGAAAACUCUAAACACUCCACACAAAAACUAUUAGAACUGAUAAAUAAAUUCAGCAAGGUAACAGGAUAUAAGAUUAAUAUGCAGAAAUCAGUGGCAUUUCUUUACACUAACUAUGAAAUACAAGAAUGAGAAAGUUAAAAAAAAAAAUCCUGUUUAAAAUUGCAUCCAAAAAAAAUAAAGUUCCUAGGAAUAAACCUAACCAAGGAGGUGAAAGACUUAUACACUGAGAACUACAAAGCAUUGAUAAAGGAAAUCCAAUAAGAUUCAAGGAAGUGGGAAAAGCAUAUCUCAUGGGUCUUGGGUUGGAAGAGUUGAUAUAAUUAAAAGGGCUAUACAACCCAAAGCAAUCUAUAGAUUUAAUGUGAUCGCUAUCAAAGUAUCCAUGACAUUUUCCCCAGAACUAGAACAAAUAAUCCUAAAAUUUAUAUGGAACCACAAAAGACCCAGAAUUGCUAAAGCAAUUCUGAGGAAAAAGAACAAAGCUGGAGGCAUAACCCUCCCAGACUUCAGACAAUACUACAAAACUACAGUAAUCAAAACAGCAUAAUAUUGGCCCAAAAACAGACAUAUAGAUCAAUGGAACAGAACAGAGAGCCCAGAAAUAAACCCACACACCUACAGUCAACUAACCUUUAACGAAGGGGGCAAGAAUAUACAGUGGAGAAAAGACAGUCUCUUCAGCAAGUGGUGUUGGGAAAGCCUGGCAGCCACAUGUAAAUCAAUGAAGUUAGAACACUCCCUCGUACCAUACAUAAAAAUAAACUCAAAAUGGCUUAAAGACUUAAAUAUAUACGACAUGAUACCAUAAAACUCCUAGGAAAGAACAUAGGCAAAACAUUCUCUGACAUAAAUCGUAGCAAUAUUUUCUUAGGUCAGUCUCCCAAGGCAAAAGAAAUAAAAGCAAAAAUAAACAAAUGGGACCUAAUCAAACUUAUAAGCUUUUGCACAGCAAAGGGAACCAUAAACAAAACAAAAAGACAACUUACGGAAUGAGAGAAAAUAUUUGCAAAGGAAGAGAUCAACAAGGGCUUAAUUUCCAAAAUAUACAAACAGCUCAUACAGCUCAAUAUCAAAAAAAACAAAUGACUCAAUCAAAAAAUGGGCAGAAGAUCUAAAUAAACAUUUCUCCAAAGAAGACAUAACAUAACAGGUGGCCAACAGGCACAUAAAAUAUCCUCAACAUUGCUAAUUAUUAGAGAAAUGCAAAUCAAAACUACAAUGAAGUAUCACCUUACUCCAAUCAGAAUGGCCAUCAUCGAGAAGUCUACAAAUAAUCAAUGCUGGAGAGGGUGUGGAGAAAAAGGAACCCUCCUACAUUGUUGGUGGGAAUGUAAAUUGGUACAGCCAUUAUGGAGAACAGUAUGGAGGUUCCUUAAAAAACUAGAAAUAGGGCUUCCCUGGUGGCGCAGUUAAGAAUCCGCCUGCCAGUGCAGUAGACGAGGAUUCAAGCCCUGGUCCAGGAAGAUCCCACAUGCCGCAGAGCUACUAAGCCCGUGUGCCACAACUAUUGAGCCUGCACUCUAGAGCCCACGAGCCAUAACUAUUGAACCCAUGUGCCACAACUACUGAAGCCUGAACACCUAAAGCCCAUUUCUGCAACAAGAGAAGCCACUGCAAUAAGAAGCCUGCACACCACAACAAAGAGUAGCCCAUGCCCUCCGCACCUAGAAAAAGCCCAUGCAUAGCAACAAAGACCCAGUGCAACCAAUUAGUUAAUUAAUUUUUUAAAAAACUAGAAAUAGAGUUACCAUAUGAUCCAGCAAUCCUACUCCUGGCAUAUAUCUGGAGAAAACCAUAAUUCGAAAAGAUACAUGCACCCCAACGUUCAUAACAGCACUAUUUACAAUAGCCAAGACAUGGAAGCAACCAUCAACAGAUGAAUGGAUAAAAAAGAUGUGGUACUUAUACACAAUGGAAUAUUACUCAGCCAUUAAAAGCAGAAUGAAAUAAUGACAUUUGCAACGACAUGGAUGGACUAGAGAUUAUCAUACUAAGUGAAGUAAGUCAGACAGAGACAAAUAUUAUAUGAUAUCACUUGUAUGUGGAAUCUAAAAAAUGGUACAAAAGAACUUAAUUACAAAACAGAAACAGACUCACAGACAUAGAAAACAAACUUAUGGUUACCAAAGGGGGAAGAUGAGGGGAAGGGAUAAAUUAAGAAUAUGGUCAAAGAGGAGAUCAAAAAAUAUCUAGAAACAAAUGACAAUGAAAACACAACAACCCAAAACCUAUGGGAUGCAGCAAAAGCAGUUCUAAGAGGGAAGUUUAUAGCAAUACAGUCCUACCUUAAGAAACAAGAAAAUGAUCAAAUAAACAACCUAAUCUUACACCUAAAACAACUAGAGAAAGAAGAACAAAGAAACCCCAAAGUGAGCAGAAGGAAAGAAAUCAUAAAGAUCAGAGCAGAAAUAAAUGAAAAAGAAAGGAAAGAAACCAUAAGAAAAAUAAAUAAAACUAAAAGCUGGUUCUUUGAGAAGAUUAACAAAAUUGAUAAACCAUUAGCCAGACUCAUCAAGAAAAAAAGGGAGAAGAUGCAAAUCAACAGAAUUAGAAAUGAAAAAGGAGAAGUAACAACGGACACCUCAGAAAUACAAAAGAUCAUGAGAGACUACUACAAGCAACUAUAUGCCAAUCAAUUGGAUAACCUGGAAGAAAUGGAUACAUUCUUAGAAAAAUACAAUCUUCCAAGACUGAACCAGGAAGAAAUAGAAACCAUGAACAGACCAAUCACAAGUAUGGAAAUUGAGGCAGUGAUUAAAAAUCUCCCAACACACAAAAGCCCAGGACCAGAUGGGUUCACAGGCGAAUUCUAUCAAACAUUUCGAGAAGAGUUAACACCUAUCCUUCUCAAACUCUUCCAAACUAUUGCAGAAGGCGGAGCACUCCCAAACUCAUUCUACGAGGCUACCAUCACCCUGAUACCAAAACCAGGCAAAGAUGUCACAAAAAAAGAAAACUACAGACCAAUAUCACUGAUGAAUAUAGAUGCAAAAAUCCUCAACAAAAUACUAGCUAACAGACUGCAACAGCACAUUAAAAAAAUCAUACACCAUGAUCAAGUGGGGUUUAUCCCUGGGAUGCAAGGAUUCUUCAAUAUACGCAAAUCAAUCAACGUGAUACAUCAUAUCAACAAAUUGAAGGAUAAAAACCAUAUGAUCAUUUCAAUAGAUGCAGAAAAAGCUUUUGACAAAGUUCAACAUCCAUUUAUGAUAAAACCUCUCCAGAAAAUGGGCAUAGAAGGAAAUUACCUCAACAUAAUAAAAGCCAUAUAUGAAAAACCAAAAGCCAACAUCGUUCUCAAUGGGGAAAAACUGGAAGAAUUCCCUCUAAGAACAGGAACAAGACAAGGGUGUCCACUCUCACCACUAUUAUUCAACAUAGUUUUGGAAGUGUUAGCCACAGCAAUCAGAGAAGAAAAAGAAAUUAAAGGAAUCCAAAUUGGAAAAGAAGAAGUAAAAUUGUCACUCUUUGCAGACGACAUGAUAUUAUAUAUAGAAAACCCUAAAGACUCUACCAGAAAACUGCUAGCACUAAUUGAUGAGUUCAGUAAAGUAGCAGGAUACAAAAUUAAUGCACAGAAAUCUCUUGCAUUCCUAUACACUAACAACGGAAGAGCAGAAAGAGAAAUUAAGGAAACUCUCCCAUUCACCAUUGCAACAAAAAGAAUCAAAUACCUAGGAAUAAACCUGCCUAAGGAGGCAAAAGAUCUGUAUGCAGAAAACUUUAAGACAUUGAUGAAAGAAAUCAAAGACGACACAAACAGAUGGAGGGACAUACCAUGUUCCUGGAUUGGAAGAAUCAACAUCGUGAAAAUGUCUGUACUACCCAAAGCAAUUUACAGAUUCAAUGCAAUGCCGAUCAAAUUACCAAUGGCAUUUUUCACAGAACUAGAGCAAGAAAUCUUACGAUUUGUAUGGACACGCAAAAGACCCCAAAUAGCCAAAGCAAUCUUGAGAAGGAAAAAUGGAGUUGGUGGAAUCAGGCUUCCUGACUUCAAACUAUACCACAAGGCCAUAGUGAUCAAGACAGUAU